GGCAGCCUCGCUGGAAACGCGUAGGGGAGCUUGAGCCGGCGCCGGGGACGCACGGCGCGCCGUGCUCCCUUGCCACGCCGCCACGCAGCCCCUCCAUCUUCCAGCUCAGCCUCCCGGCCCGCGCGCCCCUUCCUUGGGGGUCCGGCGUCUCUCCAGGGCUCCAGUUCCCCCCACCCCCGCCCUCCCUGGCCCCCCUGCCCCGACCCCCUCCCCCGGCACACACGCUCACACGCGCGCGCACACACACUCACACUCGCACACCCGCGCGCACCCGCCAGCGAGCCGCUGGCCGCUCAAUGGACCGAUUGCCCCGGUUUCCCUGAUCCCAGCCCAGCCCGGGAUGAGAAAUUGCAAAAUGGCCCGGGUCGCCAGUGUGCUGGGGCUAGUGAUGCUCAGCGUUGUCCUGCUGAUUUUAUCACUCAUCAGCUACGUGUCUCUAAAAAAGGAGAACAUCUUCACCACUCCCAAGUACGCCAGCCCGGGGGCGCCCCGAAUGUACAUGUUCCACGCGGGAUUCCGGUCACAGUUUGCACUGAAGUUUCUAGACCCAUCAUUUGUGCCCAUUACGAAUUCUUUGACCCAGGAACUCCAAGAGAAACCUUCUAAGUGGACAUUUAAUCGGACAGCGUUUUUACACCAAAGGCGAGAAAUUCUUCAACAUGUCGAUGUAAUAAAAAAUUUUUCUUUGACCAAGAAUAGUGUUCGGAUUGGACAACUGAUGCACUAUGAUUAUUCCAGCCAUAAAUAUGUUUUCUCCAUUAGCAAUAACUUCCGAUCACUACUUCCAGAAGUAUCACCCAUUAUGAAUAAGCAUUAUAAUAUUUGUGCUGUGGUUGGAAAUAGCGGGAUCUUGACAGGGAGCCAAUGUGGACAAGAAAUAGAUAAAUCAGAUUUUGUCUUCCGUUGCAAUUUCGCCCCUACGGAGGCAUUCCAAAAAGAUGUUGGAAGGAAAACCAACCUUACAACCUUCAACCCUAGCAUCUUGGAAAAAUAUUACAACAAUCUUCUGACCAUUCAGGACCGUAACAACUUUUUCCUCAGUUUAAAAAAGCUCGAUGGGGCCAUUCUUUGGAUCCCUGCAUUUUUCUUCCACACUUCAGCCACGGUUACCAGGACAUUAGUUGACUUUUUUGUUGAACACAGAGGUCAGUUAAAGGUCCAGUUGGCUUGGCCUGGAAAUAUAAUGCAACAUGUCAACAGGUACUGGAGAAACAAACAUUUGUCACCCAAACGGCUGAGCACAGGUAUUCUUAUAUAUACCCUUGCGUCUGCAGUCUGUGAAGAGAUCCACUUGUACGGAUUUUGGCCUUUUGGAUUUGACCCCAACACAAGGGAAGACCUUCCAUACCAUUACUAUGACAAAAAAGGAACCAAAUUUACCACCAAAUGGCAGGAGUCUCACCAGCUGCCUGCAGAGUUUCAGCUGCUUUACCGAAUGCAUGGGGAGGGGCUCACCAAGCUGGCUCUGUCACACUGUGCCUAAGAACUCCACAUGGAAAGUGCCAAAUAGCUGUCUAAAAAGUGCCCCCAAUCAAAUUGAGUAGUGUUCAGAAUAGAACCCCAGAGAAUCUCUUAGCAGGAUGGUCUGCCAUUUAAGAGAACUGAGUGCUCUUUGAAGGGUCUUAGCAGACUUAGCACAUGAUUAAGAAUUGAUUGAUAAAAGGAAUGUUGCAUUUGGAACUAUGCUGCUAACAAGAUGGUUUGAAGUAUUUUCGAGUUUCUAUUUUAAUAAUAAACGGACUCCCAUUUUUUGUAUUAGGAUUAGGGCUGGAGCUUCUGCAGCUCCGUUCAAAUACAGUCCUGGUCAUCAUAGGCCUCUGGCCAAUUGGGGUAGGAUCUCAGUUUUGCCUGGUGGGAUCAGACUCUUCAAAAUGGAACUAUAAAAAACUGGUUUGCAUCUCUCUCUCUCCCUCUCCCUGCCUCUUUCCCUUUCUCCCUCUCCCCAUCUCCAGUUCACC